CAUCUUCCGCGAGGGAAGGAUAGUUCUGAGAGGUAAUAAUAAGACACAUUAUCGACGGUGUUUGGAGAGUUACCAGCAGCAGCCUUGACGAUUGCAUUCAGUGACAGGCAAUGGUGUUUCUACAGUCAGUGAACAUUUUGGAAAUAUGUGUCGUUUUACUUCAUAUUCUGUGUCCAUUUGUGUACAACAUGGACACUUGCACCAAUGUGACAUUCCACUGGAGGCCUGAGAUGGAUGAUCUGGUGUUUACCGGGAGCCUGAUAGAAGAGAUGAACCAGGUGGACAUGAGGGCUGAAUGCUUCUCUCGGUGUCAGUGGCGGGUUCUGUGUAACCUGGUCUUGUACAACCCUCUCACCAAAACGUGUAGACUGCACUCCGAAGCUUUUGACCCCACCAGUGAUGGUAUAUUCGAGAGUGGGUGGCAGUAUUAUGGGGUUGCAUGCGAUAACUACAGAUUGGCAAACAGUCAGGAGAACGUGGAUGUCAUUGCCACUGACAUAGAGGACAUCUGCAACACCAGCUACUUUACUGUCGACAGCAACAUCUCUUCCUGUUUGAGAGGAGCAUCGUGGAAAACGGUGAAAAUAAAGUGCGUUCCUUGUUACAAUGGCACCACCCAGCAGCCAAUGAAAUCAUUGAACUAA